AGAAAACAUCACCCACUACAUGAUACACUUCCUCAAAUCACAGAUAUAGAGAGAGACAAACGUAUGUCAUGUUCUUCGUGUUGGCAGUUUUCUUUCCUUCUCCGAUAAACACUCUCUAACUCUAUCUUCUUGCUCAAUCCUCUCCCCUCCAAUCCAUUUUCUCUCUCUUACCCUUUUUCUUCUCCCUCGCAUAAAUUCACGCCCACCCACUUCACAAUCCGCGCACGCAGAUCCAAAGUUCUUAACUUUUUCGCCGUUCCUCGCGAAUUCCCCAACCGGGUCAUCCGAAUUCUCAACAUUACUGUGCUGUUUAAGCCAACCCUAAGUCCCUGUUUUCAAUCCCAAUUUUCCCAAUUUUUUUUUUUUUUUUUAUCGUGUUUUCCGGAUCAGAAUCCCCGACCCAUGUCGCGAAUCUUUGGUAGAUGGACGAAGGCGAAGGAAAUGGCGGCGCUUCCGAGGUGUCUGCCACGUGGGCACCGCUCAACCGGGUUCAAUUCGUGUCCGGUCACGACCCACCGGAGCAUGGUCGCCGGCCACCGCCGGCGCGACGCUCCGGUGGGGCUGCAGGAGCGGUACAAGUGGGAUCGCGGCGGGUCGGACGACAACCCGACCCGGAAGAUCCUGGCCGAGGCUAAUUGCCCACGUUGCACCAAAGACAUGAACCUUAUUUUCUCCAAUCGCCACUUUACCAUCCCACCAAGUGAGUCUAGUUCUGAAUUGGGUGGUGGGGGAGAAAAAGAAAAGGGUUACCAAGCAGUGAAUCGUUGCCCAACUUGCAAAACUGCUUAUUACUUUCGCCCGUUUGACACUGCACCUCUGCAAGGUACCUUUGUGGAGAUUGGUAGGGUCAGUAGUACUAACAAUAAUGGUGUUAAUAAUGUGAGUGGUAAGGGGCAAUCUCCUAGGAGGAUCACACAUGGGAAGGGCAAAGAGGGUGGUAGUAGUAGUAGUAAGAGUGGUCAAGGGGGAGAGGAAUUUGGGCCUAAGAGUAAUAGUAAUGCAAGUAAAUGGCUUGAAGUGUCAUUGUGGGAGACUUUGAUGUCCUACAAUGGUGGUGGUGGUAAUGGUAAUGGUGAUCAUGGCGAGCCACCUGAGUCGUGGCCGCCGGGUGGUAGUAAUGGGAAUGGGAAUGGUUUGGCUGUGCAUACUCCUCCAGGCCCACCUUUUGCACCUGGGAUUAAUGUUUUCCGGGCUACGGGGCCACGGAAUGGUGGUUCAGGUGGUGGAGGGGGGGGCGAUGGUGAGAAGACCGCCUGGGGAGGGUCUAAUUUGGGGAAGGAUUUGCCCUCACCAAAAGAGAUCUGUAAGGGUCUUGACAAGUUUGUCAUUGGUCAAGAGAGAGCCAAGAAGGUGCUUUCUGUAGCUGUUUAUAACCAUUAUAAAAGGAUAUACCAUGCCACUUUACAGAAAGGGCCAGUGCCGUCAGGCGCAGAUUCAGGAGCUUCAGAAGUGUUAGAUGAUGACGAUAAUGUGGAGCUAGAAAAGAGUAAUGUUCUCCUGAUGGGUCCAACAGGGUCAGGGAAGACAUUACUUGCUAAAACACUGGCUCGAUUUGUGAAUGUUCCGUUUGUCAUUGCUGAUGCAACAACCUUAACACAGGCCGGUUAUGUUGGAGAAGACGUUGAAUCAAUACUGUAUAAACUACUUGCGGCAGCAGAUUUCAAUGUUGCGGCAGCUCAACAAGGAAUAAUUUACAUUGAUGAAGUUGACAAAAUAACUAAGAAGGCUGAGAGCUUAAAUAUCAGCCGGGAAUUGUAAAUGUCCCUGAGAAAGGAGCUAGGAAGCAUCCACGGGGGGAUAACAUUCAGAUCGACACAAAAAAUAUUCUUUUUAUAUGUGGUGGAGCAUUUAUUGAUCUUGAAAAAACCAUUUCAGAGAGACGACAAGAUUCUUCUAUUGGUUUUGGAGCACCAGUUCGUUCCAAUAUGAGAAAUGGUGGAAUAACAGAUUCUGCAGUAACAUCCUCUUUACUGGAAUCAGUAGAAAGUGCUGAUCUUAUUGCAUAUGGCCUCAUACCAGAGUUUAUUGGACGAUUCCCCAUCUUAGUCAGCUUGUCAGCUUUAACUGAAGAUCAACUUAUGAUGGUUCUCACAGAACCAAAAAAUGCUCUUGGUAAGCAGUACAAGAAAUUAUUUAGCAUGAAUAAUGUUAAGUUGCACUACACAGAGAAUGCUCUAAGACUGAUAGCAAAGAAAGCAAUGGCCAAAAAUACUGGUGCCAGAGGAUUGAGAGCCUUACUGGAAAACAUUUUAACCGAAGCCAUGUAUGAGAUUCCUGAUAUUAAGACAGGAAGCGACCGAGUAGAUGCAGUUGUUGUUGAUGAAGAGUCAGUAGGGUCGCUAACUUCCCCCGGAUGUGGAGGGAAAAUCCUUCGCGGAGAUGGUGCAUUGGAGCAGUUCCUAGCUAAGAUCAAGGAUUCGGCGAGUGUUGACGUAGCUGAAUCAGAUUUACAAGAGGGGGAUUCAGAGCUUUCAUCAAGAGCCAUGAGCAUGUAAUAUUAUUAUAUUCACCAUAUUCAGUGUAUAAUUUGUCACUGUCAUUUGUAAAAAUCACAUUAAAAGGAAUUGCUGUAAUUAUCCUUUGUAUAACAGCAUAGCUACUGGUCUAAGUUCACUGGAUAGGAAAGAAAUAAUAGAAGAGAAAAGAAAGGUGUAGUGUAGCAUUGCUAAUUUAGGCAGCACAUUAUACAAAAUUUCAAUCAUUGUUGAGCAAGUCUCACUGAAGACAUUUUUUCUUUUGUACUGGACUACUGAUUUCACCACUUGAACUAAUGAUUUAGUUAUAUUUAACUAUUGU